AUAUGAUUAUAUUACAUACAAUCAUAUAUUAUUUAUUAGUAGAUAAAAUAAUAUUAUAGUCUCCAUAUUUUAUCGUCGUCAUCCGCCGUCGCGUUAUCAGUGCGGAUCCUACUCCCAUCACCAAAAACCAACGAUUUACGUUUUUCUGUGACGGAGACAGUCUGCGCGGUCCACACACACACACACACACACACACACACACACACACACACACACUGACAGUGGCAAAUGGCAAUAUCGUUCUGAAAUCGACCAGUGCGGCCGUCCGUUGUAGUUCAUUCUGUUUAUAAAGAUUUAAGAUUUUGCAUUAUCGCAUUACGUUUGUGUUUUUUGUAAUUUUUAAUUGGAAAAUGUUCGGGCCUCGAAAAUGUGUGACGUUGUUGGCGAUCGUCUGCUUGUGUUUUUUGUUGACUGCCAACGGAGAUCACGGUCACCGAUCUCUGGAACUGGAUGAAAACAAUUGGACAAAAAUACUAAAAGGCGAAUGGAUGGUUUUGUUCUAUGCACCUUGGUGCCCUGCUUGCAAGUCUCUUGAACCAGAGUGGAGAGCAUUUGCUAAAUGGAGUGAAGACUUCUCAGAUAUAUCAGUGGCCAGUACUGAUAUAACAGUAUCUCCUGGUCUCACUGGUCGCUUUAUUGUUACAACUCUUCCUACUAUAUUUCACGUGAAAGAUGGAGUGUUUAGGUAUUAUAAAAUGGGUCGUGACAAAGAAGCUAUGGUAUCUUUUGUGAAAGAACGCAAAUGGGAAAAGUUGGAAACAGUAUCUUCAUGGAAAGCUCCUAAUUCAAUUCAAAUGUCACUAGUUGCUCAAUUCUUUAAGCUUUCCCAAAAAGUUAGAGUGGUUCAUUCUACUCUCAUGGCUGAAUACGGACUUCCAACAUGGGGAUCUUAUUUGAUUUUCGCUAUAGCGACCAUAUUUAUUGGUGCCAUACUUGGAUUGGUAUUAGUGUGUAUUAUUGAUUUGAUAUAUCCUCCAAACAAUCAUAAAUACCAGUUGAAGAAUAGAAAAGAUGAUAACAGUGAUAGUGGACAAGAAUCGGAUGAUGAACUUGUCAAAGAUGAACUAUUGGAUGACCAGACUAGUGAAGAACCUAAAGAUAAAGAACAACUAGUAAGAAAUAGGCGCAAAAUACGUAAAACUGACUGAUUGGAUUCUACUCCAGUCCAUUUAAAUUUCUUCCAAAUAAUUCCAACCAAUUUAAUUGAUACCCAUUAAUGUAUUAUAGGUUUUUUUAAAUCUAACAUAUUCUUAUUAUAAUUUAUCUUUUAUAGGUUCACAAUAUUAAUAAUACUAUUAUUAAUCUUAGAUUCUUAUACUUAAGCAGUCAAUAAUAAGUUAAAGUGUCUAGUGGUUU